AUGGGGACGCUGCCCGGGCCCCCCAGCAUCCACGCAGACCCCAGCCCCACCCCUGCGGCCUGGGCCUCCCUGCGGAAGACGGCGAUCCUCCUCUGCCUGCUGUCCAGCACAUCCCUGUCCCCCACACGGGGGCAGGUCAGGAUCCCUGUGGAGACAGUGAAGCUGUGGGCAGAUAGCUUUGGCCGGGACCUGUAUGACACAGUCACCAAGUACUCGGGCUCCCUCCUGCUGCAGAAGAAAUACAAGGACGUGGAGUCCAGUCUGAAGAUCAAGGAGGUGGACGGCUUGGAGCUAGUGAAGAAGUUCUCAGAGGACAUGGAGACCAUGCUCCGCAGGAAAGUGGAGGCAGUCCAGAAUCUGGUGGAGGCUGCUGAGGAGGCCGACCUGAACCAUGAAUUCAACGAGUCCCUGGUGUUCGACUAUUACAACUCCGUCCUCCUCAACGAGAAGGACUCCAGCGGGGCAUACGUGGAGCUGGGAGCCGAGUUCCUUCUAGAGGCCAACGCGCACUUCAGCGACCUGCUGGUGAACACGACCCUGAGCAGCGUGCAGCUGCCCACCAAUGUCUACAACAAAGACCCAGACAUCUUGAAUGGAAUCUACAUGUCCGAAGCUCUGAACACUGUCUUCGUGGAGAACUUCCAGAGAGACCCGACGCUGACCUGGCAGUACUUCGGCAGCUCCACGGGGUUCUUCCGCAUCUACCCAGGCAUCAAGUGGACGCCGGAUGAGAACGGAGUCAUCACCUUCGACUGCCGGAACCGUGGCUGGUACAUACAAGCUGCCACCUCCCCGAAGGACAUCGUGAUCGUGGUGGACACAAGCGGCAGCAUGAAGGGGCUGCGGAUGACCAUCGCCAAGCACACGGUCUCCACUAUCCUGGACACGCUGGGGGAGAACGACUUCGUGAAUAUCAUUGCGUAUAACGACUACAUCCACUACAUCGAGCCUUGUUUUAAGGGGAUCUUGGUCCAGGCAGAUCGGGACAACCGAGAGCACUUCAAACAGCUGGUGGACGAGUUGAUGGUCAAAGGUGUGGGGGUCGUGGACCGAGCCCUCCGUGAAGCCUUCCAGAUCCUGCAGCAGUUCCAAGAGGCUGGGCAAGGAAGCCUGUGCAACCAGGCCAUCAUGCUGAUCACCGACGGGGCCGUGGAAGACUAUGAGCCGGUGCUGGAGAAGUACAACUGGCCGGACCGCAAGGUCCGGGUCUUCACCUACCUGAUUGGGAGGGAAGUGAGUUUUGCUGACCGCUUGAAGUGGAUCGCCUGCAACAACAAAGGCUACUACACACAGAUCUCCACACUGGCGGAUGCCCAGGAGAACGUGAUGGAAUACCUGCAUGUGCUCAGCCGGCCCAUGGUCAUCAACCAUGACCAUGACAUCACCUGGACCGAAGCCUACAUGGACAGCAAGGUGGGGCCCCAGGGAGCACAGAGCCUGGCACUGCUGACCACUGUGGCCAUGCCUGUCUUCAGCAAGAAGAAUGAGACGCGGUCCCACGGCAUCCUCCUGGGUGUAGUGGGCUCUGACGUGGCCCUGAGGGAGCUGAUGAAGCUGGCGCCCCGGUACAAGCUCGGGGUGCACGGCUAUGCCUUUCUGAACACCAACAAUGGCUACAUCCUCUCGCAUCCUGACCUCCGACCCCUGUACCGAGAGGGGAAGAAACUGAAGCCCAAGCCCAACUACAACAGCGUGGACCUCUCGGAAGUGGAGUGGGAGGACCAGGCCGGAAUGCUGAGAACAGCCAUGAUCAACGGGGAGACCGGGUCUCUCUCCAUGGACGUCAAAGUCCCGCUGGACAAAGGGAAGCGAGUUCUUUUCCUGACCAACGACUACUUCUUCACGGACAUCAAUGACACACCUUUCAGUUUGGGGGUGGUGCUGUCCCGAGGUCACGGAGAAUACAUCCUCCUGGGGAACACGUCAGUGGAAGAAGGCCUGCACGACCUGCUUCACCCAGACCUGAGCCUGGCUGGCGACUGGAUCUAUUGCAUCACGGAUGUCGACCCAGAGCACCGCAAGCUGAGCCAGCUGGAGGCUGUGGUGCGCUUCCUGACCCAGGAGGACCCUGCCCUGGAGUGUGACGAGGAGCUGCUGCAGGAAGCGCUGUUUGACGCGGUGGUCACAGCCCCCAUGGAGGCGUACUGGACGGCGCUGGCCCUCAACAGCUCUGAUGAGUCCGAGCAAGUGGUGGACAUGGCCUUCCUGGGCACCCGGGCCGGCCUCCUCAGAAGCAGCCUGUUUGUGGGCUCCGAGAAGGUCUCCGACAAGAAGUUCCUGACUCCGGCAGAUGAGGACAGCAUGUUCACCCUGGACCACUUCCCUCUGUGGUACCGCCAGGCCGCCGAGCAUCCUCCUGGCAGCAUGGUCUUCAACCUCCGCUCAGCAGAAGGACCAGAAAGUCCCGGCGAGCCUGCGGUGGUGACGGUGAGCACAGCUGUAGCCGUGAGCGUGGACAACAGGACGGCCAUUGCUGCAGCCGUGGGCAUCCAGAUGAGGAUGGUGUUCCUGCAGCGCAGCUUCUGGGCCGCCACCCAGCAGUGCGGUGCUGCGGAGGGGCCGUGCCCGGACAGCUGCCAGGACAGUGACCUGGACUGCUUCAUCGUUGACAACAAUGGGUUCAUCCUGAUCUCAGAGAGGCCCCAGGAGGUGGGCCGAUUCCUGGGGGAGGUGGAUGGUGCACUCAUGACCCAGCUGCUCAGCAUGGGGGUGUUCAGCCAAGUGACCAUGUACGACUACCAGGCCAUGUGCAGACCCCCGACCCACCACCACAGCGCCUCCCAGCCCCUGGUCAGCCCCAUCUCUGCCCUCCUGACGGCUACCAGGUGGCUGGUGAAUGAGCUCCUGCUGCUCCUGCUGGAGUGGAGGGCCUGGGGCUCCUGGCGUGGGGACCACGGGGCCGAGGCCAAGACCGUCUUCCAUCAUUCCCACAAGCACAAGAAGCAGGACCUGCUGCAGCCCUGCGACACCGCCUACCCCGUGUUCGUCCACCAGACGGCCGUGCGGGAGGCCAGCGGCGCCGUGGAGUGCCGCGCCUGCCAGAAGUCGUUUGUGAUGCAGCAGGUCCCCAGCAGCAACCUCCUGCUCCUGGUGACGGACCGCACCUGUGACUGCAGCAUCUUCCCGCCAGUGCUGCGGGAGGCGGAGGAGGUCAAAUAUAACGCCUCCGUCAAGUGCAACAGGAUGCGUUCCCAGAAGCUCCGCCGGCGCCCGGACACCUGCCACGCCUUCCAUCCAGAGGAGAACGCCCAGGACUGCGGAGGUGCCUCAGACAUCUCGGCCUCGCUCCCCCUGCUCCUGCUGCCUCUGUGGGCCUGGGUGCUGCCAUCCCAGCUGCUGCGGUGA